AUGGCGGCGGCUUUCAAGGGUAAGAAGCGCAAGGCCGCUCCUGGCAGCGCCAGCGGCAACAAGAGUAAGCAGAGCAAGACGCAGAGCAAGGGCCGUGGCUCUAGCAACAAGAAGAACGGCGCUAAGAAACCACAGCAGUCGACGCGCCACGCUGACGCUAAUGACGACGAAGACGUGGAGAUUGACGAGGAUGACGUCGCUUUCUACGAGGACAACACAGAGUUCACGUCGUUUUUGGCCAAUAUGGACACGAAAGGCUUUAACAAGCUGUACCCGAAGAGCGACAAGAAGGCGGCAUUAAAAUCUGUUAAGAAACAGAAAGACGAGAAGGACGAGAUGCCUCUAGAGAAGCUAGAGGCGCGUCCACGCAAGGCUGCGUGGUCCACAGACACGGAGGAGGUGCUCAAGGACAAGCUACCAGUCAAAUUCAUGGAUGGUAGUGUGCGUACCAAUAAACUACUUGCGGAGAAGGAGGAGAAGCCUAAAGCGAUCACAGACGCCGACGCGUCAGCACCUGCAGAGCCCACGCCAGCGUUGUCUCCUGUGGAUCUCAAGCGCCAACGUGAGCUUCGUCUGAUCACCAAGAAAGUGGAGAUUGCGCAGCUCUGUGAGAGCAUCUUAGAGAACCCUGAAGAGUCUUUUAAGAAGAACAAGGAGCAUCCUCAACAGCUCAGUAAGAUCCAGCAGCUGCAGAGCUUGUGUCGCGACCCCGACGCCACUGUACAGCGUCUCAGUCUGAUGUCCCAGCUGUCGGUGUAUCUCGAUAUUCUACCGGACUACCGUAUCCGUCUUCAGAAUAAUGAUACCAAUACAGAAGACAAGGGCAAACAGAACCACGGACGUCCCAUGAAGAAGAAGGUGCAGCAGAUGCAGGACUACGAGGCGACGUUGCUCAAUAACUACCAGAAGUUCCUCAAAUACUGCGCCGAGUUGGUCACUACAGGACUCAAGGGCAAACGCUAUGAGCAGCUGGCCACGAUGACGGCCCGUGAACGCCGUGACGUGCUGCUGGCUGAGACAGGUGUGCGUUGCUUGGCUCAACUACUGGAGAAGAAGUACGCAUUCAAUUUUCACCUCAAUCUGGUCAUCGCGCUGGUUCCCAUGGCUGAUUCCCAGUUUCCAAGCAUCCGCGAGCAAGCCUGUGCCUCCUUUGAGAGCGUCUUCAAAAGUGACAAGUCGUGUGCGUGUUCGUACGAGAUCGUGCAGCAGAUUUCGAGCUACGUCAAGCAGAAGCAGCAUCGUGUCCAGCCUUUCAUCAUUCGUACUCUGCUGGUGAUGCCGCUGGAAGUCACCAUGGAACAGGGUGAAGCCGCUCGUAAGAAGGCCAAGUCGGACCGCAAGAAGCGUCGUCGUCAGCAGGCAGACGGCGACUCUAUCGCUGCUGGUCUCAAGGAGGCCGAGGCUGUUGUGGACCGUGCGGAGCGUGAGAAAACGCAGGCGGAUAUUCUACACGAGCUGGUGCUCAUCUACUUUCGCAUCCUGAAACAAGCCACGUACUCGCAGGCUCUCCCGGCUGUGCUAGAAGGUCUGGCCAAGUACUCGUUCCUGAUCAAUCUGGACAUCAUGAUUGACUUGCUCAAGGUGCUCAAGGUGGUGUUACGUGAAGAGGACGUGCUGCCACUACCUGCGGCGUUGCAAGCUGUACUGACAGGUCUGCGUGCACUGCAAGGACCAGGCGGACAAGAGCUUAUGAUUGACGAUAAGGAGUUUGUCGACAUUCUCUAUCGUCUCUUACAUCGCUUUGCUGAGGGAGAAGCAGCUGCAGACUUGACGUGCUUCCCGACUCUGUUACAGUGUGUUGAAGCAGUGUUCCUACGUCGCAAGGAGAUCGUCGUCGAGCGUGUGGCGUCUUUUGUCAAGCGCUUGCUGCUAGUGGCUCAGCAUUUGCCUCCGCAUCAAGCGCUGGCCAUCUUGUCGCUGCUGCGUGCGUUGUUCCAUCGCUACUCCAAGUUGCAACAGCUUCUGGAAUCUGACGUGGACCGUGUGGCGUCGGGCGAAUACCGAGCUGACAUUGACGAUCCUGACUUCGCGAACCCGUUCUCAAGUGCGUGCUGGGAGUUGGCGCUACUGACACACCAUGUGCACCCCAAGCUGGCCAGUUAUGCUCUCGGCACUGCUCAGAUGGCUCCGACUUUGCCAAAUGAACACGCAAGAGCACUCAUGGACGCCUUCGACCCGUACGCGGGCGCAACUUUCGCGCUUAAACCGAAAGUUCCAGUGCCGCCGAGCAAUCCGCUGCACAAGAAAAUCGCCAGUGAGAACAACAAGAACGACCGCAAAAAGAGUCGACAACGUCGUGCACGUCAGUUCUUCGUGCGUGACCCGUUGGCCAACUUGGACGAGCAGUACCGGAAGCAGAACGCGUCGUCUUUUUUCCAGAAAUGUUUGGAACUGGAUGAACAGCAAACAGAUGACAAGCUGCUGGUGUUCAAAAAGUAACUGGACCAAAACACGAUAGAUGCAUAACAACACGAGGAGAAAGAAGAGAGAGACAUCAGAUAUGUUCAUGGGA